AUUAAACUCAAGAUGGACGCUGCGUACAAUUUUAUUUUCGAAAAUAAUGUUUUAGAAAAUUUAGAUUACUUAGACACAAUAGUGCGACGCCCAAGAAUUUUUAAAGAACGCCGUUCUUAUUUCGAGGAAUACGACGAUUUAGAUUUCUGUACCAGAUUCCGUUUAUCUAAAGAAACAACCCUAGAUAUUUUGCAGUUGAUUGAAGAUAAAUUGGAAUAUCCAUCAGAUCGGAAUGAAUCAAUUUCUCCCAUUAAUCAGAUUCUUUUGACCUUGAGAUAUUAUGCAACUGGUUCUCAACAAAUAACAGUGGGAGAUUAUUGUGGAAUAAGUAAGUCGUCAUCUCAUAGAAUAAUACACAGGGUCACUGCUGCAAUAGCCUCCUUAAGCCGCAACUUUAUCAAAUUCCCUAAUACUGAGGAAGAAAUAAGAAAAACUCAGUUGAGUUUUUAUAAUAUAGCAAGGUUUCCAAAGGCUGUGGGAGCUCUAGACUGCACACAUAUACGUAUUCGUUCCCCUGGUGGAGAAAAUGCAGAGUAUUUUAGAAACCGAAAAGGCUACAUGUCUAUAAAUGUGCAAGCAAUUUGUGAUGCAAACCUACAAAUUCUAGAUUUGGUUGCAAGAUGGCCUGGCAGCAGUCAAGACCAGACUAUUUGGAACGCUUCCUACAGAAAUGCUUUGUUUGAGAGAGGCAGGUAUGGGGAUGCUAUAUUAUUGGCAGAUAGUGGGUACAUGAAUCGGUCUUAUAUCAUGAUGCCUCUGGAUAAUCCACAAACACCAGAGGAGAUUCUUAACAAUGAGGCGCAAAUAAGAAGCAGGAAUCCUAUUGAACAUUUAUUUGGGGUGUGGAAACGUAGAUUCCCUGUACUUGCCCUGGGGAUGCAGAUUCACUUAAACAAAUGUCUCCCUGUUAUUGUUGCCACUGGAGUUCUACACAACAUUGCAGUAAAGGCAAAAGAAGAUAUACCACCAGAUGAUCCUGAACUUGAGCUCACUGUACCAUGGGAAGAAAUGUUCCGUCAAGGCCAUAUCAGGGAACAAAGAAAUACUGAAGGGGUCAGAGAUAUAAAUCCUGAGCGAAGAAUGCUGAUAAAUAAUUAUUUUAAGAGUUUACAUAUAUCCCAUAAUUUACAUUGAUUAUUAACUAUGUACUAAAACAAUAAAUAAAAUUACAAAAUACAGAAUUUAUUAUUUAUUUACUUAUAAUCUUUGUACAGCUAAAAUACUUUAAUUUAAUACAAAAUUUGAAAAACUAAGCUGUCUCUUAAUCCAGCAAGAUUCACUUACAUGCAUUCAAAAACAAAAAAAACAAGGUUUAAAACUGAAAAAUCGCAAAUUACAACUCAAAGUUGUAUCAAUGAAAAAAAACUUUACUUUUUUUACUAAUUAAGGUUUUUUCUUAAUGUUUCAACUUCA